AGAACUUACUAGUACUGUGGUCCAGUUACGAACCCAAGUAUCAGAGAUGGAAGGGUCGAGGGGUGGUUCCAGUGUUCAACCUCUUGCAUCACAACAUUUCCCCAAUGUAACCAAUGGACAUCAACGUUUACGGGUCGGAGAUGAAGUUUUCCUCAAAAGCAUUCUAAACUCUACCGAGAUUGUAGCAAGAGGAAGGGUCCAGAGCUUGGACCCAAAUGAUGUAGUUGGUGAUACAAAGAUUGGACCAGAAUGGUGUGAGGUAAACGUUCAACUACCAAUAAAAAAAGAUGAAAACUUGGUAAGACCAUAUGGUUUAUUUUCUACAAUUCAAGAUUGUAUUGGUGCAUCCAUCGCAUGGCCCUAUGCAUUCAUCUCGGUAGUCCAUGAGGAUUGAGGACACAUGAUGACUCAAGAUUUUAUGCUUCUUAUUUCUUUAAUUGUUUUUAAUUUCUUUGUUAAAUGUUAAGACUUUAUGUUAGAUAAUGUUAUAAUUUAUUUAUGGUUAGUGUUUUUGUUA